CUGCAGGAUAAGAGUGAAGCCAGAAUCCAGGGGCAUGUAUCAGGUUUGGAGACUACACAUGGGAUCAUUCCAGACAGUACUGUGGGCUAAACCCAAGGCAUCAGCCAGCCAUAAUUGCUAGAAAUAGACUGAAAAGAGCAGGGCAGUAUAUUGUCUUCCAAGACAAUCUCUGUUAAGCACCCUGACCAGAAAGAGGAAGAAGCAGAGAAUCCCUCAGACCCUGAGGGAGAAAAUGAAACGAUUGUUGCAAGAGUCAGAGGAAGAAAUCAUGGUCACCUUGGGACCCUCUUCCAGGCUUUCUCCAGAUAAGGCUAAGUCAGAGACUAUGUGUGGCAUCAAGAACAAGUCCUCAGGCCCUAUUGAAUCCUUACCAGAGGAUAGCUCCCUGCUCCCUCACUGUGGCUCAACAGCCUCAACCAUUGGUGGGGAUAGAGAUGGGGGCCUGGCUCAGCAUUGCAGCUUUGAGCAGCAGACCGGCAGCCAGUUUCCUCUGGGCUCCACUCCUUGUGCUUUAGGAUCUGGAUCUCAGGACCUCUUGUCUGUCAGCAUAAGCACAAGCUGUCAAGAGCCCUCAGAAAGGAAUCAAGCCAAGUCCCUUUUGUCCAGAGGCCUUCACCAAGGCUGCAGCUGUGAACAGAGAGAGCCUUUGGGGGAUGUAGUAGACUAUAUAAUCAGAGAGCUACAAGGCAUCAGCCGUCUCCAGACUGAAAUUGCUGAGCUGCAGCAGCACUUGAGCCAAGUCCGGGGUUCAGUGGAUGAAGUGUCUAGCUGUGUAGACUCGGUUCUGAGUGGAAUAGAAGGCUUGCAGGUAGGCAGCAGCUCCCUGGCCAAGGUGUGUGUGGAGGAAAUGGCCCAGGAACCCCAUGUGGACAGCCCCGGUGAAGAAGCCAUUCUGUAUCUGUAUGGACUUCCUGAGCAAGACGGGGAAAAUACCAUGGAGCUGGUACACAGCUUUCUGGCCAUGCACCUCCGUGUUAACGGCAUGCAGUGCAACAGGUACAUCAAAGAGGCUUACAGGGCAGGCAAAGCCCCAGCUCCCAGGCCUACUGUUGUGAAACUUGCCCAUCUAGAGCAUAGAGACUUCAUCUUGCAGAAAUCCAUCCUUUUGCAGAGUGUAGGGGUCCGAAUUGCCACCAAAGAAGAACCAAGCUGGCCACAGUGCUAUAAGAAUCCUCAAAAGGAGUCUCUUUCAUUUUUGCAACAACUUCAGGAUCAUAAUGCAAAUUCUUUAAACCAGCAUGAACCACUUCUUCAGAUGGAAACAGGGGACCCAGGACCCAUAACUGGAGCAUGUCAAAUGAGGGCUCAAAAUCAACACAGAGAACCUCAAACCCCUGAGCAGCAAGGCCUUUGCUUUCCACCCAGGAAUAAUUUCACAAAGCCAAGUGAUGUAUCUAAGCCAGGAGAUGAAGUAAAAGGAACCUCAGGAGCCUCCCAAGUUACCAGUGGCAGUUGUGGUGAGCUGACAGGGAGAGAAGCUUCUGAGGAACCUUCCCCAGUGUUAAUCUCAGAAGAGGAGGGUUCUGGGAAAUCCCAGGUUUUCAAACAGUCCAGCCAAGGAUUUGAAACAUGUAGUGUAGCAAAAAGAGAAAACAACUGCAGCAAUAAAAGUGAGACUGGCAGCUGCCUGUCGCUGUCUGGGUUGCUGAAGACAGAGGACAAGCUCAUGGCCUGUGAAGCUGGGCUUGAUAUUCUGAGCUCCAAGCAGCUAGAGGACCUUUUAACAGACAAGUCCAAAAGAUUUGCAACUCUGAGCCAUGACCACAUGAUGGAGGAAAUCAUCAUAGGGCCUGAGACUUUCAGUGACAUGGUUCAUAUUGACUUGAAUGAAGAGGAGGAACAUGCUACUCGGGUCCUUAAAGAUGUCUUUGAAAAGUCAUCUUGUGGCUUGGUUGGCUUGCAGGAGGAUGAAGAUAUUGAAAUUAAGUUUUACAAAAGCAAACUGGGCCGAGCAAUUCACCACUUCCGUUCAGCUCUGCAGGGCGUGUUUCAGAAGCUGGAAAAUAGUGGGUCAAUCAGUCCUGAGGACCUGGAAAGCAAUGAGAGUGGUUCUCAGUCGGAGAACAGUGAUAGACUUCUUGGGACAGUGGGUUCAGAGGGUGCCCAAGAUUUCUCUGUGGAGAGCCCUGGGAGUCAGGAGAGUGAGAGCUUUCUCAGUGUGGUCUCUGGUGGAGUGGACACCUCUACACAGAGAGACCAAACCUUUCAGGAUCCCAGCAACUUCUCUCUUGCUUCUAACUCCUCACCUAUUGCAUAUUCAUUACCAGGUUUUGCUCUGGCUCCAUGUCUGGGAGGUGAAAAGUGUUCCAGGCCUGAAUCUCCCAAGCAGGGCAUACUAAGCCUAGAACAAGUGUGUGCAGAGACCAUCUACCUCAACAAGUGCAUCAACAAUUUCAAAAAUGUUCUGAGAGAGAAAAGACUGAGGCAGAAAAAACUUUUGCAUGAGCUAGUACAGAAGGCAAAGAAUAUAUCAGUAGAAGACAUACACUCAGAAGGAAAGCGAGGAGCCGUUCAGAUUCCGGAUGAUGGUCACUCCUCUUUGCCUCAGUGGCUCCCAGAAGGGCCAGCUGGAGGGCUCUAUGGCAUUGACAGCAUGCCAGAUCUACGCAGAAAGAAGCCACUGCCGCUUGUCAGUGAUUUGUCAUUGGUCCAGUCCCGGAAGGCAGGGAUUACUUCUGCAAUGGCUACACGCACAUCUCUCAAGGAUGAAGAGCUGAAAUCCCAUGUGUAUAAGAAAACUCUGCAGGCCUUAAUCUACCCCAUCUCGUGCACUACACCCCACAACUUUGAGGUCUGGACGGCCACUACCCCAACCUACUGCUAUGAGUGUGAAGGUCUGCUUUGGGGCAUCGCCCGGCAGGGCAUGCGCUGCAGCGAGUGUGGAGUCAAGUGCCAUGAGAAGUGCCAGGACCUGCUCAACGCCGACUGCCUGCAGCGGGCUGCAGAAAAGAGUUCUAAACAUGGAGCUGAGGACCGGACCCAGAAUAUAAUCAUGGCCAUGAAGGACCGCAUGAAGAUCCGAGAGCGGAAUAAGCCAGAGAUCUUUGAGGUUAUCCGAGAUGUCUUUACUGUGAGCAAAGUUGCCCAUGUGCAACAGAUGAAAACAGUGAAGCAGAGUGUACUGGAUGGCACCUCCAAAUGGUCGGCCAAAAUUACCAUCACUGUGGUGUGUGCCCAGGGCCUACAAGCCAAGGACAAGACAGGAUCCAGUGACCCUUACGUGACUGUGCAAGUGGGCAAAACCAAGAAGCGUACCAAGACUAUUUUUGGGAACCUGAAUCCUGUUUGGGAAGAGAAGUUCCAUUUCGAGUGCCACAACUCUUCUGACCGCAUUAAGGUACGUGUAUGGGAUGAGGAUGAUGACAUCAAGUCAAGAGUAAAGCAGCGGCUGAAGCGAGAAUCCGAUGAUUUCCUUGGCCAAACCAUUAUAGAGGUUCGGACACUGAGUGGCGAGAUGGAUGUCUGGUACAACUUGGAGAAGAGGACAGAUAAAUCAGCUGUCUCAGGGGCUAUCCGACUACAAAUCAGUGUGGAGAUCAAGGGGGAGGAGAAGGUAGCACCAUAUCAUGUGCAGUAUACGUGUCUCCAUGAGAACCUUUUCCAUUACCUCACAGACAUUCAGGGUAGUGGAGGAGUCCUGAUUCCUGAGGCUCGAGGAGACGAUGCAUGGAAGGUGUACUUUGAUGAGACUGCCCAAGAAAUUGUGGAUGAAUUUGCCAUGCGCUAUGGCAUCGAGUCCAUAUAUCAGGCCAUGACGCACUUUGCAUGUUUGUCAUCCAAGUACAUGUGUCCUGGUGUGCCUGCAGUGAUGAGCACCUUACUGGCCAACAUCAAUGCUUAUUAUGCCCACACAACUGCCUCCACCAAUGUUUCUGCAUCUGAUCGCUUUGCAGCCUCCAACUUUGGGAAAGAGAGAUUUGUAAAACUACUGGACCAGUUGCACAACUCACUGAGGAUUGACCUCUCUACCUACAGGAAUAAUUUCCCUGCUGGAAGCCCUGAGCGGCUUCAGGACUUAAAGUCAACAGUGGAUUUGCUGACCAGCAUUACUUUCUUCAGAAUGAAGGUGCAAGAACUUCAGAGCCCUCCAAGAGCCAGCCAAGUGGUAAAGGACUGUGUGAAGGCCUGUUUGAACUCCACAUAUGAGUAUAUCUUCAACAACUGCCAUGACUUGUACAGUCGUCAGUACCAGCUGAAACAGGAACUACCUCCAGAGGAACAAGGACCCAGCAUUCGGAACCUGGAUUUUUGGCCCAAACUCAUCACGCUCAUUGUGUCAAUCGUAGAGGAAGAUAAGAAUUCCUACACACUCGUUCUGAACCAGUUCCCUCAGGAGUUGAAUGUGGGAAAAGUCAGCGCGGAAGUGAUGUGGCAGCUCUUUGCCCAAGACAUGAAAUAUGCACUGGAGGAGCAUGAGAAAGACCGGCUGUGUAAGAGUGCUGACUACAUGAACCUACACUUCAAGGUGAAGUGGCUCCACAAUGAAUACGUGCGAGAUCUGCCUGCCCUCCAGGGGCAGGUGCCUGAGUACCCAGUGUGGUUUGAACAGUUUGUCCUGCAAUGGCUGGAUGAAAAUGAGGAUGUGUCCCUGGAAUUCCUGCGUGGGGCCCUGGAACGAGAUAAGAAGGAUGGGUUCCAGCAGACAUCAGAGCAUGCACUCUUUUCCUGCUCUGUGGUGGACGUCUUCACACAGCUAAACCAGAGCUUUGAAAUCAUCCGGAAGCUGGAAUGCCCAGACCCCAGCAUCCUUGCCCACUACAUGAGGAGAUUUGCUAAGACCAUCGGGAAGGUGCUGAUGCAAUAUGCAAACAUCUUAUCAAAGAGCUUCCCAGAUUAUUGCACAAAGGAGAAAAUGCCCUGCAUCCUGAUGAACAACAUGCAGCAACUGAGGGUCCAGCUGGAGAAAAUGUUUGAGGCCAUGGGAGGCAAGGAGUUGGACCCUGAAGCUGCAGACAGUUUGAAGGAGCUGCAGGUGAAACUGAAUACAGUUUUGGAUGAACUCAGCAUGGUAUUUGGAAACAGUUUUCAGGUGCGGAUUGAUGAGUGUGUUCGACAAAUGGCUGACAUCCUGGGCCAGGUUCGGGGCCCAGGGAAUGCAUCCCCCAACGCCAGGGCUUCAGUGGCUCAGGAUGCAGAUAGUGUGCUCCGGCCUCUCAUGGACUUCCUGGAUGGCAACCUCACACUCUUUGCCACUGUGUGUGAGAAGACCGUCCUGAAGCGUGUACUGAAGGAGCUCUGGCGGGUGGUGAUGAACACAAUGGAAAGGAUGAUUGUUCUGCCCCCACUCACUGACCAGACGGGCACCCAGCUAAUCUUCACCGCUGCCAAGGAGCUGAGCCAUCUUUCCAAACUCAAGGACCACAUGGUACGAGAGGAAACCCGGAAUCUCACUCCAAAGCAGUGUGCCGUCCUUGACCUCGCUCUGGACACCAUCAAGCAAUACUUUCAUGCAGGAGGUAAUGGGCUGAAGAAAACCUUCCUGGAGAAGAGCCCAGAUCUGCAGUCCCUACGCUAUGCCCUAUCUCUGUACACACAGACCACUGACACACUCAUCAAAACCUUUGUGCGCUCACAGACUGCCCAGGUGCAUGAUGGGAAAGGUAUUAGGUUUACAGCUAAUGAGGACAUUCGGCCGGAAAAGGGGUCUGGUGUAGAUGAUCCUGUGGGAGAAGUGUCCAUUCAGGUGGACUUGUUUACACAUCCUGGAACUGGGGAGCACAAGGUCACAGUGAAAGUGGUAGCAGCCAAUGACCUCAAGUGGCAGACAGCAGGUAUGUUCCGGCCCUUUGUGGAAGUGACCAUGGUUGGCCCACACCAAAGUGACAAGAAGAGGAAGUUCACAACCAAAUCAAAGAGCAACAACUGGGCCCCCAAGUACAAUGAGACAUUUCACUUCCUCCUGGGAAAUGAAGAGGGACCAGAAGCAUAUGAGUUGCAAAUAUGUGUGAAGGAUUACUGCUUUGCCCGUGAGGAUCGUGUUCUGGGGCUGGCUGUGAUGCCUCUGAGGGAUGUGGCAGCCAAGGGCAGCUGUGCUUGCUGGUGCCCCUUGGGCCGGAAGAUCCACAUGGAUGAGACAGGAAUGACUAUUCUCCGGAUUCUAUCUCAAAGGAGCAAUGACGAAGUGGCUCGAGAGUUUGUGAAGCUCAAAUCGGAGUCUCGUUCCAUAGAAGAGGAGAGCUGAGCACCUAGGUUCCUAUGCCAACCAGAUGGCAUCAGUUCCACAAAUCAGUGCCAGUGAGAGUUACUGUGUAGUCAGCUAAAGGUCCUCAUAGUUGAGAGGCUAACUCCUUCAGUUUGAGGACAUUAAAGGAAAAAUUUGGGGUGAUGAAAGUAUGGCUUUUCACAGAAAGGGUCACGAAUCCCUGACCAGCAGGUCUGUGGUGUUAGGAGCUGGCCUGUGGGUAUUACUGCAUAGGGAAGUUUUCCAUAAAGGGAGGGACAGACAUUUCUGAGAGUAUCAGCCAUUCUUUGUAGACACCCCUCUCCAUGCCACACCUUAUCCAGCUAGACCCAUACAUAUCAGCCAUUAGAAGAACAAGUUUAGAGAGCCUGGAGCAUGUAUCUGGUUAGCUAAAUAGUCAGUUGAGCCUCAAGGUGUUGCUGAGCCCUAUAGUCUGGAUUGGAGUAUGGCCGGGGCAGGAAUGUACAGAAGAGAAUUUAGAGCCUCCCUUGAGCAGGAUCCACUGGUUUUGUGUGGCUCCAUGAAAACAAGGCUUUGAGACUGAACAAGAUACCUUCUGGAAAUGAGCUGUGCUAAUCUUUUUCCCCAAAUAUGUCAUGAGUAGAAUGAGGUUCACAUGAUACUUCAGAGCCCUGAGCAGAAUAUUCCAAAGAGGCCACCUGCCCAGGAGUCCCCCUCCUUCACUCCUGGAGGAAGGGGAACAAUGUUGUUUCAGAACAUGAGAGGCUAUUCCUCUGUGUGUGCACCUGAGGGCUAGUUGAAGGAUCCAGGAAAGAGGGCUGUAUUUUCUUCUUGGAUAGACUCUGAACAAAGCCAAAAAUUGUAGAAACCAGUCUAGAAGGAGUCCUCUUCACCUAUGGCUACUGCCUUCUGGUUGUUCUCUCCUUUGCAGAAGGAAUCUAGUCUUUGGCCUCACUCCCUUUCAUCUAGGUCAGCUGCUGUUCGCCUCACAGAUGUUCAACCCUACAGAAGGAGCUUGGACUAUGAUCCCUCUGUACAGGCUGGAUAGAGGGGCCAUCAACAUUCCUUGGGAAGUCAAAGACAAAUUCUUUUAGAAGGUCAUAUGAACUUCUCAGCCCUUGAUCAGAGAAGUGACAUGGUUCUUGGAUAUCCUUGGUAGCAGCCUCCUGGACCUCUUGAGGACUCCGUGUUAUCCACAGCUGUACCAGCCAUUACAUAUAACAAGAAACUAAGCAUCUUUGCUGUUGUUAAUUACUGUAUGUGCCAUUGUUACAGGACACUUUUGGCUAGUCUAUAAUAAAUUAUCUUAGAGCA